UAGAUGUAGUCAAACCAUUAAAAAUUUUGUGAGUCGCUUUCAUAAUACUCUCAUACCCUUCCUAUAACAAAAUGGAGAAAGAAUUGCAUAUGAAAAUGUACCACUUUUCUUGCACAGUGGCACGGCAAAGAUGGCAAAAGUCCAUUUGGAUUGGAGGAUAAGGAGGUGGAAAAGCAGAGCAAAAGGAGGAGCACAACAGAAGUAGAAUCUUAUCGGUUCCCGCGCAAACGUGCCCGAGUCGCCUCGCCUCACUUUCUCAUUCUGCGGCUCUGCUACUGGUAGGUGCUAGGCUAGGGCGCUAUGCAUAAGAGCGCGCGCCAGCCUCGUCAGUUCCUAGUUGCAAGCAACGCAACACUGGUGGAACUCCAAUACUCACACGGCAUGGCGGCGAAGCACUACCAGCAGCACCACUUCCUGAUCGUCACGUACCCGGCGCAGGGGCACAUCACCCCGGCGCGUCACCUCGCGCGCCGCCUCGGCAGCGUGUGCCGCGGGGCACGCGUCACCAUCUGCGCCCCGCUCUCGGCGUUCCGGAAGAUGUUCCCGGGCGCUGCCGGUGUGACUGUGACGGAGGAGGAGUGUGGCGACGGCGAUGCGAAGGUCAAGUACGUGGCCUACUCGGACGGCUACGACGGCGGGUUCGACAUCGCCGUAGACAGCUACGCGCGGUACAUGGAGCAGGCAAGGAUGGCGGGGUCGCGCUCGCUGGCCGGGGUCCUCCGCCGCCUCCGCGACGACGGGCGCCCCGUCACGUGCGCCGUGUACACGCUGCUCCUGCCGUGGGUGGCGGGCGUGGCGCGGGACCACGGCGUGGCGGCGACGGCCGUGUUCUGGAUCCAGCCGGCCACCGCGCUCACCGCGUACUACCACUACUUCCGCGGGCACCGGGACGCCGUCGUGGCCGCCGCGGCGUCCGGAGACCCGUGCGCCGAGGUGGGGCUCCCGGGCCUCCCGCCGCUCCGCGUCCGCGACCUGCCGUCGUUCCUUGCCGUCACCUCCGAGGACGACCCGUUCGCGUUCGUGCUCCCGGAGUUCGGCGAGCUCGUCGACGCGCUCGAACGAGACGACGGCUCCUCGGAGCACCCGACGUACGUGCUCGCCAACACCUGCGACGCCAUGGAGCCCGACGCGCUCGCGUCGCUGAGGCCACACGUGGACGUCUUCCCCGUCGGGCCCGUGCUCUCGUUCCUGCACGAAGCGGAUGACGGCAGGCGCGCCCCGUGUCCUCCUCGUGACGUCUUUGACCAUGACAAGAGCGGGUACCUCGGCUGGUUGGACACCAAGCCGGCCAAGUCGGUGGUGUACAUCUCCUUCGGCAGCUCGUCGGUUAUGUGCAAGGACCAGGUCGCGGAGAUCACCGACGCCAUGGUGCAGGUGAAGAGGCCGUUCCUCUUGGUCCUGAGGAAGGACAGCCGCAAGGGCCACGACGACGACGCGGUGGCGGCGGCCGAUGCGGACAGCGCCGGCGGGAUGGUGGUGGAGUGGUGCGACCAGGCGCGCGUACUGUCCCACCCAGCGGUCGCAUGCUUCGUGACGCAUUGCGGGUGGAACUCGACCCUGGAGAGCGCGGCGUGCGGCGUGCCGACCGUCGCGGUUCCGCAGUACUCGGACCAGGGCACGGCCGCGUGGCUCGUGGCGGAGCGGAUGGGCACCGGCGUCCGCGCGGCGGCGCGCGCGGACGGCGUCGUGGAGGCCCAGGAGCUGAGGCGGUGCGUGGAGGCCGCAGCGUCGGGGGCGGUGGCGGCGCGCGCCGCGGCGUGGAAGCGGAAGGCGUGGGCUGCCGUAGCCGACGGCGGGAGCUCGCACCGGAACCUGACGGAGUUCCUGAGGCAGAUCGGCCACGGCCGCGGCGACUAAACCGGAGACGACGUCGUAUUGUAUUGUAUCACCACGUUGUGGUGGCGUUGCAGCCAGCUGCCAGCGUGCAUUUCUAGCGAAACCAUGCAUACAGUUGAUUGCAAUUUGAGCGAGGACGCAAUCCAUGUCUGGUUUCUGAAGUCUGGCAACGUAUUCCCUUCGGCUCGACGUCCAUCUGA